AAAAAGACUCACGACUUAUCCAAAGCGAGGCCGGGCAAGGCGCUAGGACCGGGUCCGAGCGAAACGAGGUGUAGUCGGCCGUUCCCCACGAGGCCGUAAUUAGCAGACGACGCGACUGCGAGGCGGUUGGUGUGAAAGGGCGAGAACGCGACGGAGUAAUGCUGCCAUCCCGGUGUGUGUAGCGUGGACGGCGGCGCGGGAGGCUUGAGCAUCGCGGUGGUCGGCGAGAGAGCGCGGGGAAGCCGUGGCCCCGCGUCCGGCCCACUCAGGCUUGUAACCUGCCCUCUCGAAUCACAUGCGCAUCUCCGUACCCAGCAUCCCCGAGGCCAUCCUCAAGUCUGCAAAUGCAGCCCAGGCUCGCGCGAUAUUGCCGGCAGAGGCGGUCGACCGCAUAGCAGCCUUCUUGUCGCCGGGGAAUGCGGCGGUGGUCACCGGAGCGGGGGUCAGCGUCGACUCAGGCAUCCGGGCGUACCGCGGCGCGAAGGGGAGGUACCUGAAUCCGAACUACAAACCUAUAUUCUACCACGAGCUCAUGGACCCUUCGGCGAAGGGUGCCGCGUUUAGACGACGCUACUGGCUACGGUCAUACCUCGGCUACCCUCCCGUCCGCGACGCACAGCCGAACACAACGCACUGCGCGCUCGCAGCCCUGCAACACACUUCGGUCGUGAACAAGCUCAUCACACAGAACGUCGAUGGCUUGCACCACAAAUCCAUAGCCCAUGUUUGGGAUAGGGCACGCAUGGACGAGCGAAUAUUGGAGCUUCAUGGACAACUGAGGAGUGUACGGUGCGCACAUGGUCAUAUGACGGAUAGGGAUGCGUUCCAGCAGCAACUGUCUGCUGCAAACCCGCAAUGGGAAGCAUUUGCGGACGAGCUUGAGGCGACUGGCAGACAGCCUCGAACCAAUCCGGACGGUGACGUCGUACUAGAAGGGGUGAACUACGAUGAGUUCGUCGUACCAGACUGUCCGGCAUGCCUAGCUGAGAACAGACAUAACAACAUCCAAAAACCAGAGGUGAUCUUCUUCGGCGAGUCAAUCACAAAGGAGGUCAAAGAUCGCUCAUUCCACGACGUCGAGAACUGUGAUCGCCUUCUCCUGAUGGGCACAACACUCGCGACCUUCUCGGCCUUCAGACUGCUCAAACACGCGAUGGACCUCCACAAGCCUGUCUUGCUCCUCAACCUCGGCCCUACGCGCGCAGACGGCUUGCAGGGGUUAGAGAAGAUCGAUAUUGCAAGUGGUGUGGUCAUGCGUGACGUGGUCAAAGCCGUUCUGGGUGCCGGAUGGACGUCAGAUCCCGUUGUAGCCGAUAUGCUACAGCGCGGCAUAGUCAAGCCACCACCGGAUGAUCAAGAGGAUGCUGCACCGAGAGUGGAAGCUUGAUGGACCUCAGACGAGACUAUCGCGCGUGUGGUCCGGUAUACAUUAGGAUUCUCGAUGACAUCGGCACGUAUACUACAUAAUGGUCACAUCUUGGUGUCGAGCUG